AUGAUGCCUAUAUACACUGUGGAAAAGUCUGGCUUUCAACAGCUGUUAAAGGAUUUUGAUCCCAAGUAUCAGCUUCCCAGCAGAAAGUAUUUCAGCAACCAAGCAAUCCCGAAAUUGUACAACGAAACCAAAGAGAGCAUAUUGCAGCACCUAAGGUCUGCUGAAUUCUUUUCGGCUACAUCAGACAUGUGGUCAAGCAACACAAUGGAGCCGUAUAUGUCAUAUACUGUCCACUACAUCGACCCAGACUGGAAACUCCAAAGCAGAUGCUUACAAACGUUGUAUGUGCCCGCUGAUCAUACUGCCGAAAACCUCGCUGAUGGGAUGAAGGAGAUCUUAGAGCACUGGCAUCUUUCAUCCACAAAACAAGUGUGCAUCACCACCGACAGCGGAGCAAAUGUUGUGAAGGCAGUUCGUGACCUAGAUUGGCUGUGGAUGUCGUGUUUUGGCCACAAUCUUCAUCUCGCCAUUACAAAUGCUAUGAAGGAUGAAAACCGCAUCUCACGGGUGAUUGGAGUAUGCAAACGUAUCGUGACGGCAUUCAGCCAAAGCUGGAAGAGACAUAGAGAACUGAGCAAGGCACAGCUAGAGUUGAAACUCCCAGUCAAGUCUCUAGUUUCGGUAAAUAUUCUUGUAGAAUUUUACACUUUUAUUACAAAAUAAAAUAUAAUAAUAUAAUAUACUUUUUAAAGGAAAAAAAUUAAAUAUAUUAAAACAAAACAUUAAACAUAUUGAAUUCGAAAAUUCUUGAGAACUCAAAUCUUGAGAGCUCAAAUCUUGAGAGCACAAGCUGUCAUUCGGUGUAUGUACUAUGUUUUGUUUUAUAUAUUUUCUAAAAUUUUCGGCUUGCAUCCCUCGAAAUGGAUUCUGCCACAGUAGAAAUGUAGAUAUCUGCCAUUUCCCCAUCAGUCCAGCUAAUAAUUCAACAUAUAUCUUGUAAUCUUGACUCAUAUAGGCAUCUCCAACGCAAUGGGGUUCUACCCACAAAAUGAUAGAUCGAAUCUUGGAGCAAGAGAGAGCUAUUCGGCGAGUUUUGUCCUAAGAUCGUAAAGUCGCCCAUCUUGUCUUGACCUGGCAAGAUAUAGAUGUCUUUACAUCGGUACAUAAAGCACUGCAGCCAUUUGCAGAUUUCACGGACGCUUUAUCGGGUGACUCCUACGUUACCAUUAGCUCUAUUAAGACUACCAUGUCGUUCAUCCAGGAUGCUACAAUGGCCGCUGAUGAUGACACAACACUGACAGCAGACCUGAAGGCAGGUAUCAGAGCUGACUUUCAGAAACGGUAUACCAGCGACCUUACUCAGACCCUGCAGAGUGUGGCAACGUGGUUGGACCCUCGGUACAAAUCUGCAUAUCUGACCGAGGAGGAAUGCAGAAAUGCCACGCAGAAAUUAAAGGAGUUGAUGACGUUUGAGGUUGAGCGGGCGGGAAAUGCUGCAAACGAAACUGGUCAACGGCAGAACAACGAUUCGAACGCAUCAGCUGAUAACAAUGAAGACAAUCAACCACCAGCAAAGAAAGUGAAAAAAUCACUUGCGAAACUUUUGGGGCAAGUUAAGAAAACAUCAGACCCAGGUAAUGCAACAACUCCUGCUGAUCGUAUCGAUCUUGAGAUGUCUCGGUACGUUUCUGCACCCGAAAUUGAGCUAGAUGCUGAUCCGUUGCAAUGGUGGAGUAUGCACGCUGCUGCAUAUCCAUCGUUGGCUAAACUUGCACGCAAAUACUUGUGUAUUUGCGGUACAAGCUGUGCUUCCGAACGACUGUUCAGUGUCGCUGGUAACAUUGUUACGGCCAAGCGGUCACUACUGAAAGUGGAUAUGUUGGUUUUCUUGGCCAAAAACCUGUGA